AUGGCCACACCUGCUCGUCGCGCCAACGUCGGCUCUGCGACGCAAACAAUCACACCACCCGACUCUUCCUCAGAUCGAUCAAUAUCACCGGAAUCGUUGGUCCUACGACUUCGCGGCGCCCACGAUGCCUCAGGCAGUUCAUCAACGAGGCCCGGACAUCGGCGGAGAAUCACGUGGGCUGAGGAUGUUGUUGACAAUGAAGGACUGGGACGAAAAUCGAGCAAAGUGUGCUGCAUAUACCACAAGCCCAGAGAAUUCGGCGAGAGUUCGAGCGAAGACAACAGUUCGAGUUCAGACAGUGAUGUCAGUGAUAGUCCCGAUGACGGCGGUGCGAGGAUGGUGGGUGGGAAUCGAAGAGGCAGGACGCAUCAUCCACAUGGACAUAAGCACUCGGAUGAUUGUGGUAAUGGGAAGGGCAAGGGCAAGAGGAGGCCCAGUCCAAAUGCGUAUGAGAAGAUGCCGAAAUACCCGGGGAAGCAGCAGACUGUGAAGAGAUGA